AUGUGGUGCUGCAUCACGCAGGACAACCAGGACACGGAGCUGACGGUAGCCGCCUCUCACGUCCUGCCUCAGGGCAUCGACGUCGGGAAACUUGAAGACCGCCCGGAGUUCAUCUAUCCAGAUGGUUCAAGCUAUGUUGGCCAGUGGAACGGCAGCAAGCGAGAAGGAACUGGCAUUCAGGUGUGGAAGGACGGUGAGCGGUACACGGGUGGCUGGAUGGCUGACCAGUUCCAUGGCAACGGAAGGUUUGAGCACCAGAACGGGGACUUCUACGAAGGCGAGUUUGAUGCCGGAGCCGCGCACGGCAAAGGCACGUACCAGCAGAUUGGGGGUGCAAAAUACGUCGGCGAGUGGCAGCAGGAUCAGAAGCACGGCUUCGGCGAAGAAGCUUGGCCUGAUGGCACGAGGUACUCAGGCUAUUACGUGCGGGGAGAGAAGUCCGGCUAUGGAGAGCUGCUCUGGGCGGACGGGUCUUCUUACCGUGGGGGCUUCUUGAAGAAGCAAAUCCACGGCGAAGGCGAGUAUAUUUGGGCGGACGGGCGGCGCUUUCAGGGACAGUGGGUGGCAAAUCAGAUGCAUGGAGCAGGCACAUUCAAUUGGCCUGACGGUCGCUCCUACAAGGGCGAGUACUACUACGACAAGAAACAAGGAGAAGGGGCUUUUGAGUGGUCCGACGGCCGAAGGUACACCGGCCAGUGGAAGGAUGGGCAACAGCACGGCAAAGGCAUCUUCCGAAAGGCAGAUGGCCAGAGCCUGAGUGAGGUCUGGGGCUUUCAGGCUCGGGGUUUCGGGCUUAAUUAG